GGGAGAGGAAACCUCCAGGAACCUGAGGGAAAGAGGAAGUUCUGCUGGAAACGUCCUGUAAAGAGGCUCUGAUGUCCGGACAGCGGGAGGGAGAGCCCCGGCAUGAGGAGCAGAGAGAUCCAGUCAGAGGACAACACCAGAGAGAUGUCCGCGUCCUCUCCUUCCACAGGAUGGUCAGAUGACUGUACUGGGCACUUGGAGAAACAUCUCAUAUCUACAUAUUAUAAUGCAAAUGAUCCAGGUGUCAUAUCAGAUACACAUGAAGAACGUGCCAUUAUCCCAGAUGUACCCUCAGACCUUCACAGCAAAAAUCUAUCAUCUCAUCCUUUAAAACGGGUCCGAUCUUGUAAUUCAUCACAUACUCUUACUCAGAAUGAAACUCACAGAAGAGGUUCUGGAACCCAAAGAAGAGCUCAGAAAAAGCCAUAUUCAUGCUCAGAAUGUUGCAAAUGUUUUACUUGGAAAUCAGGCCUUCUUCAACAUAAAAAACAUCACACAGGGAAGAAGCAGUAUUCAUGUUCAGACUGUGGGAAAUGUUAUACUAACAAAUCAAGUCUUGAAAACCAUCACAGAAUUCACACAGGAGAGAAGCCGUUUUCAUGUUCAGAAUGUGUGAAAUGUUUCAGUUGGAAAUCAUCACUUGAGAGACAUCAGAGAAUUCACACAGGGGAGAAGAGAUAUUCAUGUUCAGAAUGUGGGAAAUAUUUUAAUCACAAAUCAAGUUUUGAGAGACAUCAAUCAAUUCACACAGGGGACAAGCCGCAUUUAUGUUCUGAAUGUGGGAAAUGUUUUUUCUUGAAAUCAGAACUUCUUGUGCAUCGGAGAAUUCACAUAGCAAAGAAGCCAUAUUCAUGUUCAGAAUGUGGGAAAUGUUUAUCUCAGAAAUCAUCACUUGAGAGCCAUCAGAGAAUUCACACAGGGGAGAAACCAUAUCCAUGUUCAGAAUGUGGGAAAUGUUUUACUCAGAAAUCAACACUUGAGAGCCAUCAGAGAAUUCACACAGGGGAGAAACCAUAUUCAUGUUCAGAAUGUGGGAAAUGUUUUAAUCAGAAAUCAAAUCUUGAGAGCCAUGAGAGAAUUCACACAGGAGAGAAACCAUAUUCAUGUUCAGUAUGUGGGAAAUGUUUUACUACAAAAUCAAUUUUUGAGACCCAUCGGAAAAUUCACACAGGGGAGAAACCAUAUUCAUGUUCAGUAUGUGGGAAAUGUUUUAAUAGGAAAUUAUCUCUUGAGAGACAUCAGAGAAUUCACACAAAAGAGAAACCAUAUUCGUGUUCAGAAUGUGGUAAAUGUUUUACUUUGAAAUCAAUUCUUGUGAACCAUCAGAGAAUUCACACAGGGGAGAAACCAUAUUCAUGUUCAGAAUGUGGCAAAUGUUUUCCUUUGAAAUCAAAUCUUGGUAAGCAUCAGAGAAUUCACACAGGAGAGAAGCCAUAUUCAUGUUCAGAAUGUGGCAAAUGUUUUACUGAGAAAUCAAAUCUUGUGAGCCAUCAGAGAAUUCACAAAGGAGAGAAGCCAUAUUCAUGUUCAGAAUGUGGUAAAUGUUUUACUCAGAAAUCAUCUCUUAGUAAGCAUCAGAGAAUUCACACAAUUGCUCCAGUAGAAAGGUAUUAUUACGCCAAGGAGCUAUUUAGAAGGACACAAGGGUCUGUACAAGGAGGUCAAGAUGGAGGAGGACCAGCCCCUCACAUCUCCAGAGAGAUCCAGUCAGAGGACAACACCAGAGAGAUGUCCGCGUCCUCUCCUUCCACAGAAUGGUCAGAUGACUGUACUUGGCGCUUGGAGAAACAUCUCAUAUCUACUAAUACAGAUGAUCCAGGUGUCAUAUCAGAUACAUAUGAAGAGCGUGCCAUUAUCCCAGAUGUACCCUCAGACCUUCACAGCAAAAAUCUAUCAUCUCAUCCUUUAAAACAGGUCCAAUCUUCUAAUUCAUCACAUACUCUUACUCAGAAUGAAACUCACAGAAGAGGUUCUGGAACCCAAAGAAGAGCUCAGAAAAAGCCAUAUUCAUGCUCAGAAUGUUGCAAAUGUUUUACUUGGAAAUCAAGCCUUCUUCAACAUCAAAAACAUCACACAGGGAAGAAGCUGUAUUCAUGUUUAGACUGUGGGAAAUGUUUUACUAACAAAUCAAGUCUUGAAAACCAUCACAGAAUUCACACAGGAGAGAAGCCGUUUUCAUGUUCAGAAUGUGUGAAAUGUUUCAGUCGGAAAUCAUCACUUGAGAGACAUCAGAGAAUUCACACAGGGGAGAAGAGAUAUUCAAGUCGGAAAUCAUCACUUGAGAGACAUCAGAGAAUUCACACAGGGGAGGAGAGAUAUUCAUGUUCAGAAUGUGGGAAAUAUUUUAAUCACAAAUCAAAUUUUGAGAGACAUCAAUCAAUUCACACAGGGGACAAGCCGCAUUUAUGUUCUGAAUGUGGGAAAUGUUUUUUCAUGAAAUCAGAACUUCUUGUGCAUCGGAGAAUUCACACAGCAGAGAAGCCGUAUUCAUGUUCAGAAUGUGGAAAAUGUUUCUCUCAGAAAUCAUCACUUGAGAGCCAUCAGAGAAUUCACACAGGGGAGAAACCAUAUUCAUGUUCAGAAUGUGGGAAAUGUUUCACUCAGAAAUCAUCACUUGAGAGCCAUCAGAGAAUUCACACAGGGGAGAAACCAUAUUCAUGUUCAGAAUGUGGGAAAUGUUUUACUCAGAAAUCACCUCUUGAGAGCCAUCAGAGAAUUCACACAGGAGAGAAACCAUAUUCAUGUCCACUAUGUGGGAAAUGUUUUACUAAGAAAUCAAUUCUUGAGAGCCAUCGGAAAAUUCACACAGGGGAGAAACCAUAUUCAUGUUCCGUAUGUGGGAAAUGUUUUACUAAGAAAUUAUCUCUUGAGAGACAUCAGAGGAUUCACACAGGAGAGAAACCAUAUUCAUGUUCAGAAUGUGGCAAAUGUUUUACUUUGAAAUCAAUUCUUGUGAACCAUCAGAGAAUUCACACAGGAGAGAAGCCAUAUUCAUGUUCAGAAUGUGGCAAAUGUUUUACUUUGAAAUCAAUUCUUGUGAACCAUCAGAGAAUUCACACAGGAGAGAAGCCAUAUUCAUGUUCAGAAUGUGGUAAAUGUUUUACUCAGAAAUCAUCUCUUGGUAAACAUCAGAGAAUUCACACAGGGAUCAAGCAAUUCUAAAUCCUUCCUGUAAAAUAUGCCAUGAAUUUCCAUAUUUUUUCUUGCUAUAGUUUUAUAUUGAAGCAGGAAUUAAAAGAAAAUAUCAGUAUAUUCAAAAAUGUAGUUACAGCUGUUAUAAUUGUAGAUCUUAAAGGGGUUGUACAAGAAUGAGGGGGUUUGGCAAACUCCCCCACUUUACUGGAUCUGUAAAGGGAAGAUUACUUACCUGCUUCCUGGUGCUGGCUCUUCGGUCCUUCUCUUACAAGCCUGCAAUGCUCGGCUGGGCUCAUCUGGUUUGACAUUGCCACAGCCGACACUGGCUGCGGCAGAGACCGGAUCCCCUUGUGUCAUGUGACUAUUUGCCAUGACUUAAGGGAAAACAGUAACCAUGAUCGUCCAUGAAUUAUAUUAUAGUAGACAUUAAGCCCGUUACAAUAACAGGUGCUAGAACAGUAGUGCAUAAACAGUAGGAACAGUCUAUAUGAAAUGGCAAGGGAACUUGACCACACUGACUGGUGGCUGUGACUGCUGGCACUGACUUGUGGCUGAGACUGCUGGCUGAGGCUGAGAUUGCUUACUGUGACUGAGACUGCUGGCACUGACUGGUGACUGUGGCUGAGAUUGGUGGCAGAAACUGGUGACUGCAGCUGAGAUUGCUCACUGUGGCUGAGACUGCUGGCACUGACUGGUGUCUGUGGCUGAGACUGUUGGAUGCGGCUUGUGGCUGAGACUGCUGGCUGUAGCUGAGACUGCUGACACUGACUGAUGGUUGAGAUGGCUGGCACUGACUGGUGGCUGACACUGCAGGCACUGUGACUGGUGGCUGUACAACUGGCAUUGACUGCUGAUAGCGACUGGUAGGUUAGACUGCUGACAGGGGCUCCUCUCUAUAGCUGAUAGUGCUGGGACUGACGAACAGAAAUGGCGGCUGGAAUUGAACAAAAAUGGUAGAACGCUCCAACCUGCUUGCCGGCGCGCAGGUGUUGGCGGUGCAGGCGGCAUGUGGAGUGCCAUGUCCUGAUUGGUCGGCACGCUGGUGUAAGCGGUGCUGGGGGCGUGUUAUUAUUAGGGUUAUUCCUGCAGAAUAUAAAUCUUUUGCUAGAGGUAGUUGUGCAUUGUGUAUAUAUAUAACUCUUUUUAUGAGGCAAGGUAGCCACAAAGUGGCUGUUCUGGCAGUUUUUAUUUUUUGCGUUUUUACAAUGUUCACCUGACAGAGUAGAUAUUGUGAUAGUUUUACAGAACAGGUUGUAACAAUGUGGCGAUACUUAAUAAGUCUAUUUUUUUAUUUUAUUUUGGAAUUACAAUAAAACUUUAAAAAAAAAAAAACAUGUUGUGUUUCCAUUUUCUGA